AUAUGAUGGAAAUAUUCAUCCAGAUGAAUGGAUAAAAGAUUUUCAAAAAUAUGAUUAUUAUUGGCGUGAAAGAUACCAUUUAACAUGUUUGGAAAUGGCCAAAUCAUUAGUAGAUUCUACAAUCAAAAUCCCAACUAAAAUUCGUGAUAUUGAAGAACUUCGUAACGCACUUAAAGAAGAUAUUUCUUUUACAAUAUUUAAAAAUACAAAUAAAAGAAUUUUACAAUCAUUAAAAUAUAUUCCUGAAAGAAAAGGUGGCAAUACGUCAAAAUUUAUUUCAAAUUUUCGCAAAUUGUGUUACAAUUCAGAAAUAAAUGACGUAGAAGAACAAAAGAAGUAUCUUUAUAAUUCACUUCCAAUAGGUCAUUUGUAUUAUAUUUCAAAUAUAUUUUAUAAAAAAAUGAAAAAUGUGAAUUCAAACAAUGAAUUAAUUAAAAAAUUCGAAGAUAUUAUUGUUGAUGAAGCAAAUUUAAUUACAAAUGAAUCUGUUGUAGCAUUAAAACAUGUUGCUACAGGAAAAUAUUUAAGUUCAAUUAAAAAUUUACGUUAUGAGACUGGAAACAAUUUGAUUUUUGUAGGAAGCUCAGAUCCUGUUCCAAAUUCUUUAUGGAAGGUUAAAUUUGAUAAUGAAUUUGCUACUUAUACAAAUAGUUCUAUAAAGUUACAACACAUCAAUAGUUGGCAAUUUCUUGGAAUAAAUAAUGGUUAUAAAUCUCCGUCAAAUAAUCAUACAGAAGUGAGUUGUAAAUACAGCCCUAACGAUAUAUAUUGGAGUGAGAAUUGGAAAUUUAAUCAUAGUAAAUUAGCAAAUCAUCAAGGAUAUUUAAAAUCAAAUGAUAUUAUUAAUCUUAGUAUUGAGAACCGUUAUUAUAAUAAUAAAGUUGAAUUUCUACGUAGUCAUGAUAUUCAAUUUACUAUUGAGAAUAAUACUUAUCAAGAAGUUGUUUGUCAUAAUGAAAGAUUAGGAGGAAAUGACGAAUGGUGUAUUGAACUUAUAAAGCAAGCUUAAAAUUACUUUAAAUAGCAAAGUGUAAGUAGGUCAAAUCAACUACUAAUUUGCUCAUAUACAUCAUUUCUUCAAAUAAUUGUAUUUUAAAUAAUCAUGAACUUAAAAAAAUCUAUCCGUACUUGUUUAGUUAAUUAUAUAUUAUGUAAUUUUAUUUACUCUACUACAAGUUUAAAAUUUCUCAACAAAUUUGUUUGGGUCAAUAAUUACAUUUGAGUACAACUUUAAAAUUAUAUGAACAAGUGACGUAAAACUUUAGCAUGUUCCUUCUAAAUAAAAGAAAAAAAGGAUGGAUAAAAAAU